UCCAGGAUGUAAACUUGAAACUCUGAGAUUGAGGGGCUGUGGUUUGUCAGAGAUCAGCUGUGAUUAUCUGGCAGCAGCCCUGAAGUCCAACCCCUCCCAUCUGAGAGAGCUGGACCUGAGUAAUGACUCCUCCUCGUCUGCCACUCACAACAACAACAAGCUGCAGGAUUCAGUAGUGAAGCAUCUGUGUGGUUUUCUGGAGAAUCCAGGAUGUAAACUUGAAAAUCUGAGAUUGAUGGACUGUGGUUUGUCAAAGAUCAGCUGUGAUUAUCUGGCAGCAGCCCUGAAGUCCAACCCCUCCCAUCUGAGAAAGCUGGACCUGACCUUCAACAAGAAGCUGCAGGAUUCAGGAGUGAAGCAUCUGUGUGGUUUUCUGGAGAGUCCAGGAUGUGGACUUGAAACUCUGGGUUUGUUUGGCUGUGGUUUGUCAAAGGUCAGCUGUGAUUAUCUGGCAGCAGCGCUGAAGUCCAACCCCUCCCAUCUGAGAGCGCUGGACCUGCAAUCAAACAAGCUGAAGGAUCCAAAUGUGAAGCAGCUGUUUGAUCUUCAGCAGAGUCCAGACUACAGACUGGAGUGGCUGGCGUGGAGCUGAUGAUGUUAAACAGGACGGUGUGUGUGCUGAGAGAGGAGGAGCUGUGUCCUGAUGAUCCAGAGAGGUUGAAGCAGCAGCAGCUUGUGUGUAGAGACGCUCUGACUGGGCCAUGUUACUGGGAGGUG